AUGAUCAAUGAACCUUCUAUCCUAAAAAGAGCCGUUGCAGAGCUGGAUCAUGAGGUAGGUCACAACCGUUUGGUCGAAGAGCGAGACCUUCCUCAACUUAAUUACAUAAAAGCAUGCAUCAAGGAGGCCUUCAGGCUGCAUCCUUUCGCACCAUUCAAUUUUCCCCAUGUUUCGAUGAGGAAUACUACAGUUGCUGGUUACUUCAUACCCAAGGGUAGUCAUGUUUUGCUUAGUCGUCCUGGGCUUGGUUGGAAUCCAAAUGUAUGGACAGAUCCAAUGCGCUUUGAUCCAGAUCGACAUCUUGAUGCAGAAAGAAAGCAAGUUGUUCGUUCAGAUAAUGAGCUGAGGUUGCUUUCGUUUAGCACCGGGAGACGUGGCUGUCCAGGAGUGGUGUUUGGUUCAACGAUCACCACAAUGAUGUUGGCUAGAAUGGUUCAAGGGUUCACCUGGGAAGUGCCACAAAAUGAGUCGGGUGUUAAUCUUGUUGAAAAUCAUGAUGACCUUGCCUUGGCUAAGCCACUUGUUGUAAUUGCGAAACCACGGCUACCUCAGCAUCUCUACCUUAAAGGCUGA